CACUAGUGCUUUCUUCCUAUGUCUGUAACCCAGCUGGCAGUAGAUCGUUGGUGGUCAACUCACAGACCAGAAAUACCGGACCAUCUCAAGGAGCAUCUGCACAACUACUACAUCACUAGGUCUUCAGCUGGGAAGACAGUCGAGGAGUCGGCUUGGGAGUGGUUAGAAACGAUAAAUCGAGUUCACUUUGAUCGCGGUGACACGGCACCAAGCAACGGGGAGAUAGGAUAUGAUGUGCCUAGGAGGAUCGAUCGGGAAUGGAUUGAAGAGCUUCCUAUUGAGAGAGGUAUAAAUGUGGACUCGCGUCGGUCUAGUAUUGCGAAAGAUCCGGGACGAGUGUUUGAUGACAUUUUGGGGACUUCCAAGGAUUUGAAAAUAACACCGAAUGGUAAUAUACGAGCCGAUGCUUCGGGUAGUGUGCGGUUGUUGUCGCGAUUGUGUGAAACGAUGGGGAUCAACUUGAGGACGACUAAGUUUGGGAAGAACUGGCUGAAGCAUGGGGUGGUUUUCUGUCACUAUCAAAUGGGGAUGGGAGAAAUCCCGAAGGAGUCGUUGAAGGGCAGAUGGACUAUUUGGUACGACAGUGUGAAGAGUGUGAAUAUGGACACUGACCCGCCUCCUCCUCCUCCUGGGCCUUGACGAUCUUGCUAUAAUCAUAAGGGUCUGUUAUAUG